GGGCUGCGUUACGUCUCCUUCAGUCUCCCGAGGAAUGCAGACACGGAUAAUUUGGAGGAGUCGGCACUGGGGGGAGCCGUGUCCGUUCAUCCUGUGCGGGACGCCACGCUCAUGUAUACGUUGCAGCGUAAAGUCAGUCAGAUGAGACUGCGCCGGACGUACAGCCGGAUCCAGAGGCUGCAGGGUGAGGUCCGGAACCUUUCCUCUCUGACCCCGGAUGGAGAAGUCAGCCUCCUGUGGCCAAUCGGCAUCAACCCUCCAUUCAGGCCGAAGUCCCACUUUGACUUGUUGACUUGGGAAUACUUCACCGAGAGCCACACGUUCUCCUGCCAGGAUGGGGCCCCCAAGUGUCCUCUGCGGGGAGUUUGGUUGUUGGAUGUGCAGCAGGUUCUGGAGGAAGCUCUCGAGCAGCUCAACCAUCGUUAUCAUCCUUGGCUUCACUUCAGAAAGCUCCACCUGCUGAACGGCUACAGGCGCUUCGAUCCCACCAGGGGCAUGGAGUACACGCUGGACCUUCUCCUUGAAGCCACCACGAGGAAGGGUCAUGCCGGGGUCAUCCUCAAACGUCUCAGCCUGCUCCGUCCUCUGGGCCUGGUGGAAAUCCUCCCCAUGCCGUACGUCACCGAGGCCACGCCGGUGCAGGUUGUGGUGCCAUUGAUGCCGGCGGAUGCCGGACACAUCUCGGCUUUUCUUGAUGCCUUUGCCACCAACCUCCUGGACCCUCAGGAGAACGUGGCCCUGACGGUGCUGCUGGUGUAUGAUGUCACCUCCUCGGGGCAGGUUCAGGAUGUGUUUGAGGGGGUGCGCGGCAUGGUGUCUGAACUGGAGAGCCGCUACUCCUUCCUGCGGCUGGAGGUGACCGGCGUCCGUACGGAGAUGGCCUCUCAGGUUGGCCUCAUGGACGUCGUCUCCAAGAAGCAUCCCAUGGACACGCUCUUCCUGGUGCUGAGUGUUUGGAGUGAGGUGACCGGCGAGGCGCUGAACCGCUGCCGGAUGAACGCCAUCAGUGCCUGGCAGGUCUUUUCUCCGGUUCAUUAUCAGGAAUACAACCCGGACGUGUCCCGGCAUAGCUCCUCCCCCCCGCCGCCAUCUUCUGACUUCCUCCGCGACGGACACUUUGACCGGCUCUCCUCCUCCGAGUUCUGCUUCUAUAACUCCGACUUCAUGGCGGCCCGGAACAGAAUGGCCGCGGAAGUCCAGGAGGAGGAGGACGGUGCCGGCAUCGAGCUUCUAGAACUGUUCCUGAUGCACUCUGAGCUCCACGUCUUCCGGGCCCUGGAGCCGGCCCUGGUGCAGAGGUUCUCUCUGAGGAGGUGCAGCACCCUCCAAUCAGGAGAGAGAUACCACCAAUGUGUCAUCAGCAACCUGGAGUCACUCGGCUCUCGUCUUCACUUGGCUUCAGCUCUCUUCAAUCAGGACCAGACCAACAGCACCUAA